UUUAAUGAGAUUUUUUUUUCACCCGGCAGCGUUCAACUACGCUUGGAGCGGUAGCAGACUGAAAAACAGAUUGAUUUGCUCCUCCCUCCACCCCCAGCAAAUAUAAAGUCAAUGUGCAAAGCUUGCGCUCCAUCACUUACUCCUGUAGCAAAAUAAAUUGUUUAGAAUGUGAAGUUUUCUCACGCAGGCAGAAGAUGGCAGGGCUGGAAACUUUGUACCGGAUGCCGGUGAGCCUUAAUUUUACAGAUUUUUGUAAAGCGAGUGUUAAGAUAGCAGAAUAACCAUGGGAGACUGGAAUUUCCUUGGAGGCAUUUUAGAGGAGGUCCACAUUCAUUCCACUAUUAUUGGAAAGAUUUGGCUAACCAUCCUCUUCAUAUUUCGGAUGCUUGUCCUUGGGGUAGCAACUGAGGAUGUUUGGAACGAUGAACAAUCAGAAUUUAUAUGCAAUACCGAGCAACCCGGCUGUAGAAAUGUGUGCUACGAUGAGGCUUUCCCCAUCUCUCUUAUAAGAUAUUGGGUGCUGCAAGUGAUAUUUGUGUCUUCUCCUUCCCUGGUGUACAUGGGUCACGCCUUAUACAGACUAAGAGCCUUGGAAAAAGAGAGGCAAAAAAAGAAAGCUCAGGUAAGAGCGGAACUUGAAAACACAGAGUUGGAAAUGAGUGAGAACCGGAAAAGGCUGGAGAGAGAACUCCGGCAAUUGGAUCAACGAAAGCUGAACAAAGCACCCCUGCGAGGCUCUUUGCUCUGCACUUACGUGAUACACAUUUUCACAAGGUCUGCGGUGGAGGUCGGGUUUAUGAUUGGGCAGUAUCUUCUUUAUGGCUUUCAUCUAGAUCCCCUUUAUAAAUGCCAGCGAGAUCCGUGUCCUAACACCGUUGACUGCUUUGUAUCUAGGCCAACAGAGAAGACAGUGUUCAUAUUAUUCAUGCAAUCCAUAGCGACCGUAUCGCUGCUCUUAAAUAUCCUAGAAAUUAUCCACCUAGGGUUCCGGAAAAUUAAAAUAGGACUCUGCGGGCAGAAGAAAACCAAGGAUGACCCUGACAAUUUCUAUAUAAACAAACCAAAGAAAUACUCUAUGAUACCACAUUCCUCUUUGGGAAUAUCCACCACCCCUCAAAAAACUCUUCCUUCUGCGCUUAGUGGUUAUAAUUUCUUAAUGGAAAAGCAAACGGACGCUGCCAUCUACCCGGUUCUAAAUGCUCCUCCCUUGUUCCAGCCUGUGCAAAACAACCACACAGAAAGCAGCGGCAAUUACACCCAUCGCAACCAGGAAAACAAAUCAUCCAAGAAGAGGCCAGCUACAAACGCUUUAGACAAUCAAAAUACUAGCACAAAUAACAACGAAGGGUUGCUGGGGGAGCGUGGGACUGAAGCGCAUGACUCUCAGAAAGAUGCUGAAAGGAAACAUUUCCUCGUCGGCACUCAGAACGUGGAUAUGGCUUCGAGGACGUGCUUGAGAAGUUUUGCUGAAACGCCAUCUCAAACUUCCCUUCAACCCUGUCCAACUUGUCCCGUUAGCAGUGUCAGGAGGCCACACGGCAUCAGCUCAUCUUGGAACUGCUCGGCAACGGGUGGGAGUGGAGGAGCUUCAGCAAACUCUCUUCCAAAGAACAGCGACAGAAGACAUAGCAGUUUCAAUGCAAACAAAGCCCAACCUCCUCCUAUUGCUGACGCAAAAAAUUCCAGCCGACUGGACACUCCGGACUCUACAGAGGAGGUGAGCUCAGAAUCCAAGCAAAGCAGGAACUGCGACAGCCCGAAGCCUUCCUCUCUGUCGAGGAGGCUUUCGUUGUCGAGCAGUGCCGGCAGCAGGCGUGCCCCCACCGAUCUGCAAAUAUAGAGGGGGUUAACCCAGGAAUCGCACCGGUCAGUGCUGCGAUGACAACUGAACGAUGCGACGUACGCAAGACCUAUAUAGCUAAAUUGUUCAACUUUAACCAGCUGUUUCACAUAGAAAAAGAGUUGUAGCCCUUUGAAAAGAAGCUAAGUAACGUAUAAACAAUGUCUUUGCAUCCUUUGUAAUGAAAGGGUGGUGUGGACUUCGGCGUACAAACUUCUGCACUGCCCUCCCAGCUAAAAAGGGAAAAACACGUUGUAGAAGUCCACGUUCACAAGGAAAAGUCAGGCAUAAAAUGACGGCUGAACAGAAGCAGAAGGCAAAAUCUAACAACGUAUUUGAUGAAGGGCAGUAAAUGAAAUCAGAAUCACAGAAUUAUAGAAUAGUUUGGGUUGGAAUGGACCUUAAAGAUCAUCCACUUCUAACCCCCUCUGCCAUGGGCAGGGACACCUCCCACUGGCUCAGGCUGCCCAAGGCCCAUCCAACCUGGCCUGGAACCCCUCCAGGGAUGGGGCAGCCACAGCUUCCCUGGGCAACCUGGGCCAGUGUCUCACCACUCUCAUGGGGAAGAAAUUCUUCCUAAUGUCCAGUCUAAAUCUGCCCCUCUCCAGUUUACACCCAUCGCCCCUCAUCCCGUCCCCACAAGCCUUUGUGAACAGCCCCUCUCCAGCUUUCCUGGAGCCCCUUCAGGUACUGGAAGCUGCUCUAAGGUCUCCUCAGAGCCUUCUCUUCUCCAGGCUGAACAACCCCAACUCUCUCAGCCUGUCCUCGUAGGGAAGGUGCUCCAGCCCUCGGAUCAUCUUUGUAGCCUCCUCUGGACCCGUUCCAACAGCUCCAUCUCUUUCUCUACAUUGAAGAUUUCAGAACUGGCUCCAGUCCUCCAGCUGAGGUCUCCCCAGAGAGGAACAGAGGGGCAGAAUCCCCUCCCUCCCUGCUGCCCACGCUGCUUUGGAUGCAGCCCAGGACACGGUUCGUUUCUGGGCUGUGAGCACAUGUUGACGGCUCCUGUCAAGCUUCUCAUUGACCAUCACCCCAAGUCCUUCUCUGCAGGGCUGCUCUCAAUCACAACAUUCUCCACCCCGCAUUGAAACCAGGGAUUGCCCCCACCCAGGUGUGGGUCAUCGCACUUGGCCUCGUUGAACCUCAUGAGGUUCUCACAGCUCCACUUCUCCAACCUGUCCAGGUCCCUCUGGAUGACAUCCCGUCCUAUUAAAUCUCUUCACUCAGAGUCUCUCCAGCAGCUUCUCUUCUCACCUCUGUGUGCAUCAUAAAUACAGGCCAGAAUAAUUCUGCUUACGCUGUAAGACUGAACACUGUGUGAAGUACCAGGAUUUAGCUGACUUAAUACCUGCUGCUGUGGCUUUAAUUCUUGCAUUUUUUGAUGUAUAAGGUUGUGUGGGCGAUAACUGUGCUAAUGCCUGUUUCGUACUUUAUGUCUCUGUAAUAAAAAGCCUGGUGUUUGAUGCACUCUGCUCCCACUGUCUGAGUGAUAAAAAUUAGCAUU